AUGAGCGGACCAAAAGAGGAGAAAAAGACCUUCACAGGCUCCUGCCACUGCGGCUUCAUCAAGUACAAAGCGACCUUUGCGCUGAGCGACCCUCCCGCCGCGGGCCGGUGCAACUGCACCAUCUGCCUGAAACAAGGCUUCACGGGCAUCCGCCUCCCGCGCUCGGACUUUGUGUUGGUCUCGCCCGCGUCGCUGUCCGAGGCGCGCGACUACCAGUUUCGCUCGCGCGACGUGCACAAGUACUUUUGCGGCACUUGCGGCGUUCACGUCUGCGGCGAGGGCCGCUUCGAGUUCCCCGCCGGCUCGGGCACCAUCCACGACUUCUUCUCCAUCAACGCCGUCACCCUCGACCAGCCCCAGGAGGGGCUCGAGCUGAGUAAAUUCAAGAUCUCAUAUGUCGACGGGAGGCAUGAUAAUUGGGGCGCGGGCGCCAGGGAUGUGCCCUGGCCGGGGGGGAUUGUCUGA